GUGCCCGCGGCGGGAUGGCGGCGGCGGCGGCGACACCCGCUCCGGGGGGCAGCGGCCCGGGCGCGGACGCGCGGCUGGAGCGGGAGAGCGCGCGGUGGCUGCGCUGGGACCGGGCUGCUGAGUCUUUUCUAGAUAUCCAAGGCCAAGUAGGACUUUUGAAAUCUACAGUAGGACUCAGAAGUCCUGGAUAUUGGGUGUGGCCAGGAAGUCUGUGUUUUCUCACCCACUCAGCACAUGUUUGUUGAGCUCCUUUUGUAUACUGGCUCUGAGCCCUUCCUUGGGGCACCUGACAGUUUAAUGGAACCCUUUAACUUCGGAGUUAGUGAAACAGCUGAUUGCUGAGGGCAAUGAAGAAGAGCUACAGAAAUGCUUUGGGGCCCGGAUGGAGUUUGGGACAGCUGGCCUCCGGGCUCCUAUGGGAGCAGGGACCUCUCGAAUGAAUGACUUGACCGUCAUCCAGACCACACAGGGAUUUUGCAGGUACCUGGAGAAGCAGUUCAGUGACCUGAAGCAGAGGGGCGUGGUGAUCAGCUUCGACGCGAGAGCCCACCCAGCCAGCGGCGGCAGCAGCAGAAGGUUUGCCCGGCUUGCUGCAACUGCGUUCAUCAGCCAGGGGGUUCCUGUGUACCUCUUCUCUGAUAUAACCCCAACCCCCUUUGUGCCCUACGCACUGCUGCACCUGAGACUCUGUGCCGGGGUCAUGAUCACUGCCUCCCACAAUCCAAAGCAGGACAACGGCUAUAAGGUCUAUUGGGACAACGGUGCUCAGAUCAUCUCUCCACACGACCGAGGCAUUUCUGAAGCUAUUGAGGAAAAUUUAGAGCCCUGGCCGAAGGCUUGGGAUGAGUCUUUGAUUGACAGCAGCUCCCUUCUUCACAACCCCAGCACUUCCAUCAGUAAUGACUACUUUGAAGACCUUAAAAAAUACUGUUUUCACAGGAGUGUGAACAAGGAGAGCAAGGUGAAGUUCAUGCACACCUCUGUCCACGGUGUGGGCCAUGAGUUUGUGCAGCUGGCGUUCAAGGCCUUUGACCUUGCUCCCCCUGAAGCUGUUCCCCAGCAGAAGGAUCCGGAUCCUGAGUUCCCAACUGUCAAAUACCCGAAUCCCGAGGAGGGAAAAGGUGUCUUGACUUUAUCUUUCGCAUUGGCUGACAAAAUCCAGGCCAAAAUUGUCUUGGCCAAUGACCCAGAUGCCGACAGACUUGCUGUGGCGGAAAAGCAAGACAGUGGUGAGUGGAGAGUGUUCUCGGGCAACGAGCUGGGGGCCCUGCUGGGGUGGUGGCUCUUCACUUCCUGGAAAGAAAAGAACCAAGAUCGAAGUGCCCUCAAAGACACGUACAUGUUGUCCAGCACCGUUUCCUCCAAAAUCCUGCGGGCCAUUGCCUUGAAGGAGGGCUUCCAUUUUGAGGAAACAUUAACUGGCUUCAAGUGGAUGGGAAACAGAACCAAACAGCUCGUAGACCAGGGGAAGACAGUCCUGUUUGCAUUUGAAGAAGCUAUCGGAUAUAUGUGCUGUCCCUUUGUCCUGGACAAGGAUGGAGUCAGUGCUGCUGUCAUAACUGCAGAGCUGGCAAGCUUUCUAGCAACCAAGAAUCUGUCUUUGUCUCAGCAGCUGAAGGCCAUCUAUGUGGAGUAUGGCUAUCAUAUUACCAAAGCUUCAUAUUUUAUCUGCCAUGAUCAAGGCACCAUUCAAACAUUAUUCGGAAACCUGAGAAACUAUGAUGGGAAGAACAAUUAUCCCAAAACUUGUGGCAAAUUUGAAAUCUCCGCGGUCAGGGACCUUACAACUGGCUACGAUGACAGUCAGCCUGAUAAAAAAGCUGUUCUUCCCACCAGUAAGAGCAGCCAGAUGAUUACCUUUAGCUUCGCCAACGGCGGUGUGGCCACCAUGCGGACCAGCGGGACAGAGCCCAAGAUCAAGUACUACGCGGAGCUGUGUGCUCCCCCUGGCAACAGUGAUCCAGAGCAACUGAAAAGGGAACUAGAUGAGCUGGUCAGUGCCAUUGAAGAAAAUUUUUUCCAGCCACAAAAGUAUAACCUGCAGCCAAAAUCAGAGUAAAACAUUCCAGCAGUGGACAUGAUCACAUUUACCUCCAAUUAUGCUGAACUUGAUUUUUCAGAUAGUAAUUUUGAGGGCCACGUGAUUCAGGUAAUGUUUUCAGUAGCUCUGCCUUCCUUGUGGUUUUGUCACUUUGGCCUGCAAUGUGGGUAAAGAAAACAUGACUGAACGAACAAACUAACAUCUCUAUGAAAAUGUUCAAUCUGGGCAUUAUCUGAGUUUUUAAAAUAAAGAUUAACUUUUUUAAAAAAA